GAAACUGACACACAGUCACACAGACACGGUGGAGAGAGAGGGAGAUGGAAACGUUGGGUUCAGCUUUGCCGCAACCGAAGUGGUUGAACGUGUCGCAGGUAGGCCUCUCACCCUCACCCCUUAAUCUCGUCGCCACCGCGGCUUCUCUCCACCUCGGCCACCGUGUCAGCCACCACCUUCGCCUAGAGUUGCUGCUUCAUUGCUGCUACAAGAAACUCUCUCGUUUGGGUCACGUGCCUAGAUUGAAGGAUGUGUGGUGCGAAAAAGCCCUUCAAUUCAAGGGGUUUAAUUUUCUUCAGUUUCCAAAAGAUACUAUGGCAUCCACAUAUUUAGCUUGUUUCUCUUUCUUUAAUGGGGGAGGAACUAGAAAGAACUUCGGAAAUGAUGGGGCGCCUCGCUCGAAGAUAACCCGCAGGAAUUCAUUCAAUGGAAGAAGAUGGACCAAUGUUCUGCUUGCUGUUAAUGUCUUAGUUUUUAUUGCACAAACUGCAACACAGGGAAAACUGCUAUUUUGGGGAGCUAAGAUAAAUAGUUUCAUUGACAAAGGACAAUUGUGGAGGCUGGCAACGUCUUCCUUUUUGCAUGCAAACAUUGGGCACCUAAUGGUUAACUGUUAUUCUUUGAAUUCAAUUGGUCCUAGUGCAGAGAACAUCAGUGGCCCAAGGAGAUUUCUUGCAGUUUACUUUGCCUCUGCAAUUGCAAGUUCUGCAACAAGUUAUUGGUUCUGCAAACAGCCUGCAGUUGGUGCUUCAGGAGCAAUCUUCGGAUUAUGUGGUGUAUGAAGACAACGUGGGGUACUGCUCAUCACCGUGGUUGACAUCGGUCUUGUGAUGACACAGCCGAAUCUUGCUCAUGGCUGCUGUGCCUUUCUUGAUUGAUUGACAUCAUUUUGGCUAAUCUCUUGAUUUUGCUCUCAAGUUUCAUACUUGUUGCUUGAUAACUAUGGCUGCUAGAUCUGAGUUUAUCUCCUCCCUGUCUACAGUUGAUUCUCCCUUGACAUCUACUAAGUUUAAUGGUAAUAAUUACAUUUAUUGGACAUAAUCAGUGGAGGUGUUGUUACGAGGAAAAAAUUAUGUGAUCAUCUUUGGUUUGACAAGCAGCAAUCUACCUCAGCUACUACUAAGUCCUCAAGUGAUACUACUAGUUCCACUACCUUUACCACCUCUGCUUCUUCAGCGGCAACGAGUCUUUGGGAUUAGGAGGAUAAUCUAAUCAUAUCCCGCAUGAUUAGCAGUAUAGGAUCCAGCAUUGGGACCACCUUGUUGCACCUUUGGUCUGCGAAGGCCAUUUGGGACCGUUUGCAACAUAUCUACUCUGGGGCAGAGAAUGCCACUCACUUAUAUGAUGUUUGCAAGCAAUAUUUUAGCCUUGAGCUAGGUAAUCAAAGUUAGGAGAGUACUAUUAUCAGGUCAUGGGAGUUCUUAAGGAAAGGAAUAUGUAUCAGUUUUCUCACAAUUGGUAUCACACGUAUGGGGAAGCAGCGUGAUGAUAUGGAUGUCAUUCGAUUUCUUAUUGGCUUGAAGAUGUUGUAUGAGUCCGUCUGUUCACAGAUCUUGUGUAGCUCAGAUCUUCCAUCUCUCCAUAAGGUUUAUUCCA